UAAAAUGUCGCGUAAUUUUUUGUUGUUGUUGAUUGAGUUGUAAAAUUAUGUGCAUGGUAUUAAUUAAUUUGUGUGUUUCGUCGUAUUUUGUGACUCUAUUACAGUUUAUAAUAAAGAAAAAUGUUUGCCGUUCCAAAUUUUCAGAAUAUGGACAAUUGUUGCCGAACUUGUUUGAAUUCUUCAUCAAACAUGUGGACCGGCAUGACGCUCUCCCAAAAAAGCUAUGUAGCACCUGCUACGACUGCUUGAUCAAGUUCUACGACUUUCGGAAGCAGGCCAAAAAAAUUGACAAAGAUCUUCAACUCCACAUUCAAGAUGCCUCCAAAUUGCCAGAAGAAUUCAUGACAAUAGAAAUCAAACCUGAAACUGAUGACGAUUCCAGAAACGACUUUGACCACGAUUAUAAUGUGUCAACCGAUCCAAAAAAAGAAUUCCCAUUUAUAUCCCCAGAGGAUGGUUCUAUCAAAUUCCCAUACAACAAAUCUUAUUAUUCACCAUCUCAACAACGUGAUGACGUCAGAUAUUGUUGUGAAUUCUGCAAAAAAACAUUCCGACAACUAGAUAAAUACCGCCUGCAUCUAAAUAAACACAAAUCGAAAACAUAUGUUUGUAAUUUAUGCCUAAAGACCUUUUCACACAAGUACAAAUAUUACAAACACUUAAACGAUACACAUAAGCCUAAACCAAUAAAAACGUUUUUAGAAAUAGACCAAAAUGAUGAAAACCAAAGAGUUGAUUGUGAUACUGUUGCUGAAAGUAUUAAAGCUGUAAAUUCCUUGACUCGUCACCCACUGGGUCAAUCAGAAAACGACAGUACGGCGUCUGGCAGAGUGCUAUCUUGUUCUCACUGUUCUCAAGUCUUUAACAGAGUCAGCGACCUUGUAAGGCAUGAGUCGGUCAAACAUUUCAACCAAAAUGAGCUAGAGAAGGCUGAGAUAUUUUCACAGAUCGACCAAUCAGAUGAAAACAAAAACUUUGAAUGUGAUAUUUGCCUUGCAAAAUUCAAAUCUGUGAACUCACUCUCAGCUCACAAACGGGUGCACAUUGAUAAAAGUAGGAUCUUGUCCUGUUCAUCAUGUGGGAAAGUUUUCAAGAAAACAAACCAUUUGAAACGUCAUGAGAUGACUCAUGCGAAUCGUCCUUUCAAAUGUAACAUGUGUCCAAAAUCUUUCCUUUCUGAAUCUAUAUUGAAGGAACAUUUGAAUGUGCACUGUAAUUUGAAACCAUACAAUUGCUCUUUAUGCCUGAAGUCGUUCGCCUUCAUAUCGACUCUGAAGAAGCACUUGAAGACUCAUACAAGAGAAAGGGGGUACAUGUGUGCGAUGUGUGGAAAGACAUUCGAUUCCAGCUCAAACCUAAAUCAACAUAUGAAGAGACAUAUUGGAUUGAAGUUGUUCUCUUGCAGUUUAUGCCCACAAACGUUUGUGAGCAAAGGUGAACUGAAGUCCCACAAUAUCACUCACACUGGCGAGCGCCCGUAUUCCUGCGACCAGUGCGGCGCGACCUUUGCCAAGCGCAACUCGCUCAGCAAGCAUAUGCUGGUCCACCUGGGCAUCAGACCUCACCGGUGUGAAACCUGCUCCAUGAGAUUCUCAAGCAAAGACCACUUGAAGCGUCAUAUCCGCAUCCACACUGGUGAGAAGCCGUACCGUUGCGAUAUGUGUGACCGCGCCUUUACGCAGAGCAACGACUUGGUCAAACAUCGCCGGGCCCAUUUGGGUGACAAACUUUACAGGUGCAGCGAAUGCUCAGAAAGCUUUCGCUUGAAGACUGAACUUCGUCAACACAUAUCGGAACACUUCAUAUCGUCAAGGCUUCAAGCUCUGACCGUGAACAAAAUUCCCACACCCACAGAAAACAUAGAGAACGGAGAGCAAACGAACAACAAUGAUGUGCAGAUAGAAGACAGAGAAGCUAUGGAGAAUGUAAGCAAUGCCAUGGAGAAUGUAGGCAAUGCCGUGGAGAAUGUAAGCAAUGCCAUGGAUAAUGUAAGCAAUGCCGUGGAGAAUCCGAACAAUGUCGUGAAUAUGAUGGAAGAUGUCCAAAAUCCGAAUAUUCCCAACAAUGGAAGCAUUGAACAGUAAGUGUGAUAUUGAUACGUUACAAUAUUGGAAAUUGCACACUAUACUCGGCGCAGACUCGUGGCAGACGGUGUAAUAAAGACAGCGCAUAAGACGUUUUCUCUCGCACUUACACUGGUUAUGGGUGACGUCUCAGAGGUAGAUUUAUGAGCGCAGUUUGUAUACAGGGUGUUAGGUAAAUGGGUAUAUGAGCCGACACUAGCACAUGUUAACAUGGGCAUAUAAAUGGUAUGGUGAAGUCAGAAAAUUGAUAUCUUCAUUUUAAUUAUUUUAAUUUUCAUACAAAUCGGAAUUUAUAAAAUUUAUUUUGUAUGAAAAUUAAAAAAAUUAAAAUCAUGAUAUCAAAUUUCUGACUUCACCAUACCAUUUAUAUGCCCAUGUUAACAUAGGCUAGUGUCGGCUCAUAUACCCAUUUACCUAACACCCUGUAUAAAUUAAUAAAAUAUUUGCGUGUGCGCACCUCUGUUUCAAUGAUUUAUGGUCCCGGCUGCCACGAGUGCGUCAAGUAUAGCGGUUUGUCCGGCGAUUUCUUGGCGAGGCGAUGCAACGCUCAUGCGCUCAUAAUUGAAUUCAAUAAAACUAUUUUAACGAUUUCGAUGCGACAUUAUUAUUAUUAUUACUAUGAUAUCGCACGGUUUAACAAUCUCUCGAAUUCUGCUGCAAGAUAUUUCGUAUUUAUAAUCGUUGCAAAAUCGCGGUCUCUUGUCUCGCCGAAAAAUCGUCCGACAAUCGCUAGAGUAAAAAAGUCUUUAAAGCAACUGGCAGCCAAGGUGACUGCAGCGAAAUAUUUUAUGAAGUUUCCAAAAUAUCGUCACCGUCGUGGCAGAAUUAAACAACUGACAAAACCAAAGUUGCGAGAUAUUCACGUUUUUGUAUUUUUUUUCGUUAAAAAUGGCGAUAACUUUUAAGGGUAAAAAUAUUUUAUUGUCGGUCUUUUGAUAUUUUAUACAGCAAAUUUACCUUUAUUAAUUCAAUAUUCUUCGAUGAUGUUACUUUGUAUUAUUUGAAAUAAAAAAAUAAAAAUGUAAUUAUUUAGUUUUGCCACAACCGUAUUUUACAAAAAAGUUGCAGUUAUUUAGUUUUUGUAUGUCACUUAUUUAGUUUUACCACAACCAAGGUAUUACAAAAACGAAUAUUUCCAUGGAAUAAGUACACUUGUUUAAU